AACGACAUAUUUUCUUUGCUGUUACCCUUAAAGAGUUCACUAAAAGCCACAUCUAGCAGUGAAGAAUUUUCCACUCUAAAGAAACAACAAGACACUUUUGAAAAAUCACGGUUAUUCACGUAGAAUAAAGAACAAUCGCCAAUAGAUGAAAACUCCACUUCCCCUUAAUUCUUAAUGCUAAAUCAUUGUCAUGAAAACAGGAAUUCUUUUCAAUUCGAGCGGAAGACAGUUCUUAUUGUAUUGUGUUGAGAGGCUCGAAAGCUAGAGUGGCUCAUUUGUAGCAAAGCUAUUUUCAGGAAUGGCGUGGCUGACUUGGGUUACGGUCUCUGCUCUGCUGGUUAACAUGUUCACCUCGUUACCAACAGCAUCUAACAAAAAAGGAAAAGGCAAGGCAGUGAAUUUUUUCUUGAAGUAUGGAUACAUGCGAGACUUCUCAGAAUCUACAGAUGAAAAAGUUUUUUCCAAGACAUUGAAACAAUUCCAAAAGUUUGCAGGGCUGAAAGUAACAGGUGAACUGAACGAUGAAACAAAGAAGCAGUUCGAAAUACCUCGAUGUGGUUUAUCAGACCCAAUUGAUAAGGUUGCACGCAGGAAGAGGAGAUACUUGUUGCAAGGAUCGAAAUGGGACCUGAGCCAGCACAAAGAUAGAACCUUGACGUGGCAGUUGGAGAAUAAAGCGAAAAAUCUAGAAAAAGAUGAAAUCAGAGCUGAGUUUGCAAAGGCCUUGAAUCUUUGGCAGAAACAUGCGAACAUCAAGUUCCGCGAGACAUCUGAUAAGAAAGUAGAUUUAUCCGUGAAAUUUGGGACCUUGUGCCACUCUGACCCGUUUUGUUUCGACAAUAAAGGCGGGACAUUGGCACACGCUUUCUAUCCCUAUCCAGGACAAGAAAUAUCAGGUGAUGUUCAUUUUGAUGACGAUGAAGAUUAUGUUAUUGGGAAGAGCACUGGAACCGAUCUUCUUUGGGUAGCAACACAUGAAGUGGGGCACAGCCUUGGCCUGGAGCAUUCUAAUGUAAAGGGGGCCAUCAUGUUUCCAUGGUAUCAAGGAUACAAGAAAGACUUUGAUUUAACUCAAGAUGACAUUGAAGGGAUUCAAGAACUUUAUGGGCCAGCUGAUCCCUUCGUUAUGCCGCCAAUCCCAGGUCUAACGACGACACGGCCAACAACAACCACUCCUUCCACGACGACUGCCCAACCGAAACCGACAACAAGUCCUUUAACGACAACGACUGCCCCGACGACAACUACUGCCCCGACGACAACGACUGCCCCGACGACAACUACUGAAUCAACAACGACUUUGAUGACAACAACCGUAAAACCUACGAGAAAGCCAACUGCACCGGCAAGGACGACUGAGCGAGUAACAGAGCUGAAACCAAGUACCGACAGACCAUAUCAGACGAGGACCACCGAGGGUCAACAACAGAAAACAACCGAUUCCCCCCGACCGACAGAAAAUCCGUACACAAACAAUCGACGCUUUAGGUGCACGAAAGCCAUUGACGCUGCGUACAUCAGUCAAAAGUUCAAGUGGAUGAUCGUUUUUGCUGAAAACAGAAUGUAUCUUGCAAACAGAAAUGGAAUUCGUCACGGUCCACUGCUUGCCAAAAAGUAUUUUCCGCUUAUCAUUGGCAAUAUCGACUCUGCUUUAGAGAACACGGCAACUGGAGAAACGAUUUUCUUUUCGGGUCAAAAGUUUUGGAUUUACCGUGGAUUCACAAGGAUUGCUGGUGCACUGUCGUUAGAGCAUCUUGGUAUUGAUCGAUCAGUAAGGAAAAUAGAUGCCACUCUGAAAUGGAAGAGAAACGGACAAUAUUACUUGUUCUCGGGCACGCAGUACUGGAGGUUUAAUCCUUCGAAGCCUGGUGUUGUUAAAGAAGGGUACCCAAAGGCCAUCACACGAUUCUGGCAUGGCAUUCCCAGCGACUUGUCAGAGGCCAUCACUGAUUUCGAUGGCAUCACCCGGUUUGCAAAGGCUGAUCGCUACUACACUCUCAUUGAUCGGGCGGUUACGGUUGACGUGCCAAACUCUAACCGCAUCGGGACUGGAUGGAUGAACUGUAGAGUUAACAUAGUGGUGCCAAGGGCAAAAGUUCAAGACUACAAUGGACCCCUGAUUGCUGAGCCAUAGACGUCGUCUAUAUAAAUCCUUAUAGGAAAAAUUGAGUUUACUAUAUAUCAGCUUUAUGCAAGAUUAAUUUUCAGAAUCAUUUUCAAGACGUUUUUAAGACGUUGUUGAAAUGUUUUUAAGUUAGGAUGUCAAGCCAACAGAAAAAAAGCUGUUUCACUAAUCAUCAUAAUCAUCAUAAAUGUAAAUGUAGUUUUUGCUGGUAUCUUUACAGUUAACCUAGCGCCUGGACCUUCGUUGCUACGAGCUACCUUGGGAAAUACGAGCCUUAGCACGUGAUGCAUAAAUAAUGAACUGGUUAUAGAAAUGUUUUUUCUACCUCAUAUACUUCAUUGAAAAAGUGGAAAUGUACAACAGUUUGGAGAAUAAAAAUGCUUCUAAAGCAAAUAUGACGAUUCUUGCAUCUAGACUACAAGAAUAAUAUGGACUACA